CAUCCAAACACCGAGCUCAACACGUCCUUGUCAAAUGAGAGACUGGCCAUGCGGAGCGGUGGUCGCCGUUUCGAUUGAUUCUACUAAUGUUCUUGUCGGCAGGAAGUCCAUGUCCGAAGAGUGUUGGUGAUUGCAUGGUCAGGGUAAAAGCAUCGACCUGCUCAACCACAUGACAGGCUGACACGAGGAUCGAGUCAAGUCACCAUUUCAUCGCGGUUUUUAGGGUUUGAGAAAGAGAGCUUUGAUCCCAUCACCCGUAAGUCCGUAACGAAGCUAUCCUCCGUAUAUAACCCUGUUACCGCCCUGCUAGAGAGUAUCCACUAUCCUUUCUGCUCUUUCUAUACCGACUUACCACACUGCCUUUUUCUUGCUUCGACUAUAACAAUGUCUUCUACUCUUGUCGUUCACCAUCUGCGCGUCAGUCAAUCUGAAUCCAUCGUCUGGCUGUGUGAAGAACUCGGCAUCGACUACAAGCUCGUCUGCCAUGACCGCGAUCAAGCGACAAUGCUGGCUCCCGACGCCUACAAAGAGCUCAGCCCCCUCAGAACAGCACCAGUAAUCGAGGAUGUCGACACUUACACGCCAAACCCCGAGCACAUUCGCCUUGCAGAGUCGCAAGCAUGUGUAGAGUGGAUUUGCAGGAAACAUGGUCAAGGACGUUUGUUGAAUAAACCUUGGGAUGCGAACUGGAAGGAAUGGCUGUUUUGGUGGCACUUUACCCACGGCUCCUUCCAACCAGUCUGCCAAAUGCUCCUCCUCGCCUCCUCCCUCCCCUCCGAUCACCCCGGUCUCAAAAUCGCCAACUCACGCCUCUCCCACUACCUCUCCCUAAUCAACAAGCGUCUCGGCGAAUCCAAAUUCCUCGUUGGCGAUGAGCUCACUGCCGCGGACAUUAUGAUCAUCUUCCCUCUCACCACACAAAGAGCUUUCGUCCCCAUUGAUCUAACCGAAUACCCGAAUAUCUUGAGAUAUCUAAAAGAGAUUGGAGAGAGACCUGCAUACCAAAAGGCUUUUGAGAAGGCUGAGACGACAUUGAAGCCAUUGUUGGAUGCGAACCCGAAGUCUCCUUAUAGCAUUUGAAGGAGACUUUUGAGACGUGUGGCUAUGACGAUUGUAUGUUCUUCUCUCUCUACUCUUGGACUGACAUGUCUGGAUAAAGGCAUCAUUAUCAUACUUGGCGUUUUUUUCUUCGGUGGGAAUCUUGGGAAUAUAGAGGAUAGAAUUUUGGCUUAGCUGGGCUGGCCACUAUAGAUAUAGACAUGCAUUUAGACUUAUACAAAAGGUGAUUACACCUCUUUAACACAACAGAGAAGUUCAAGGAUAUACUUUUGCUGUAAUAGAGCUACCUAGCGCUUCUAUAUGACAGUUGACCUAUCGCUGCCGUGCCACGUCUGGCCAUUGCGGUUUACAAAAGCUGUAGACUAUUGCUGAUCAGCCGCCAUAAAGUUUGACAAGGCAAGCCAGUCAGUGGAUUUGGAGUCAAACCUCACGCAGCAGCUCUGUCA